UGUAUGAACAUAGGGAUUAUGUUUGCUUGGCCGUCUUCCACCAUUAAGCAGUUCGGAUCAGAAAACACUACUCUAAACAGGCCCAUGACUGAAACAGAACUAGCACUAUUCGGCAGUUUAUCUUCAAUAUCGGCUCUAUUAACUACCCCUAUAUCGGGGUUUCUAUUGGACAUUCUGGGUAGAAAAUACAGUUGUAUUUUAUUCGCUCUCCCACAAGUGGUCGCCUGGGCGUUAAUUUCCACAUUCCGAUCUGUAGCUGUCAUUCUACUGUCAGUAUUUAUAUCAGGAUUGGGAGGUUGUCUGUUCGUGGUCGUUCCUCUGUACAUCAGCGAAUUCUGUCAUGAAUCUAUUAGAGGCACUAUGACCUCUGGAGGCAUUAUUUUCUAUGGCAUCGGUUUAAUGGUAUCGUACUCAUUGGGAGGACAUUUGGAUUAUUUCACUAUGAACUAUGCAUGUUUGCUUAUAUCUGUAGUUGGAGUGUUAGCGAUGAUGAUUGUCAAAGAAUCACCGACGUAUUUGAUGAAAAAGGGUCUUCUUAAAGAAGCAGCAAACUCGAUCGCCUUCUAUAGAUCCUCUAAGCCGAAUUCGAAGGAAGUCUUACAAGAAAUGGAAGUCAUAAGAAGAACGCUCAAUCCAGAAAUGGACAAUGUGGCACCUGAAGAGGAAAAACUGAAAAUAGAAAAUGGACCCCCUAAAAAGCUUUCCCUAUGGCAAUUUUUGAAAAACUCACGUUCAACUCGAAGAGGCUUAUUUGUAUGCCUUGUGAUGUACACUAUAGCCAUCUUUCAAGGGAUUGCAGUAGUGCAAGUGUAUUCUGAACCGUUGUUUGAAGAGGCAUUGCCAAGCAUGUCUGCUAACUUGAGCAGCAUUUUAUUCGCAAUCUUAAAUACUAUAUCUGGGUUGAGUGCAGCUUACCUAAUGGAUUAUUCGGGAAGACGGCCUGUGAUGAUUUAUUCAUCACUUGCCACUGGCAUAAUCUGCGUGAUAUUGGGAACGCAGAUCCAACUGCACUGGGGCCCGCACUGGUUAACGGGUAUAUUGCUGUAUGCCUUCUGUAUAACCUGCACCAGCGGGGCUGGCACUGUGCCAUACGUGCUGAUAGCAGAACUAUUUUUACCUGAGGUAAAAGGCAUCAUGUCCAUGUUGAGUGUCCAGUGGGGGUGGAUAUGCAACUUCAUCGUCCUCUUUAUAUUCAACCCCCUGGUGUCGGCGGUCGGCUUGGGACCAGUCUUCUACAUCUUUGCCGUCGUCAGCGUGGCUUCUACUAUAUUUUCUUACGUAUACCUACCAGAGACGAAGGGGUUGACUGUAGACUUAAUUCAGACAUUGCUAGUCAAGAACAGGCAAUGUUGA